UUUUUUUUCUCUUUUGAUUUCGAUCUCUCCUUUUUCCGACUUCCCAUCACCAUCUUCGGCGUACACCGGUCGACUAUACUCCACGUGCAGCACCGUCUCUCUACGCCUGAGACUUCUAUUCGACUUUUGAAUCUCGCCUUCCAGCGAAUUUCAAUAUGGUGGACCAGGCUGGUGCAUGGCACCAGCUGUCUGCCCGGGCUGAUGACCCGGCGGCGACAUCCAGCUCCGCGUCCGCGUUUGUGACCACCUUGAUCCCGGCCUUGAUCUCCUUCGCAGUUAUGGUCGUUCUCUUCAUUAUUCUUCGCCGUAGCAACCGCAGAAUGUAUAUGCCUCGUACCUAUAUUGGCAGCUUGAAGUCCUGGCAGCGCACCCCGGAAACACCUACCGGUCUUUGGAACUGGAUUACCGCGAUGUACAAACUGCCCGACACCUACGUCCUGCAGCACCACUCGAUGGACGCGUAUCUGCUGCUGCGCUUCCUCAAGCUGAUCUCCGGCCUGAUGUUGGUCGGCUGUAUUGUCACCUGGCCCAUCCUGUUCCCCGUCAAUGCGACUGGCGGCGGUACUGGUACGCAGUUGAACUUGCUCUCCAUCUCCAAUAUCUCGGACACUCAGUACGGCCGUUACUACGCCCACUGCUUCCUUGCGUGGAUCUUUGUCGCCAUCGUGUUCUUCACCAUUACGCGCGAGCACCUCUUCUAUAUCAACCUGCGCCAGGCCUAUCUGUUCUCGCCCGCAUAUGCCAGCCGCAUUUCCUCGCGCACCGUUCUCUUCACCGCCGUUACUGAGGACUACCUGAGCAAGGAGAAGAUCCUCUCCAUGUUCGGCCGCCAGAAGGUCAAGAACGUCUGGAUCGGCACCGACACCGCCGAGCUGGAGGACAAGGUCAAGGAGCGUGACGCUGCUGCUAUGAAGCUCGAGGGUGCCGAGACCAAGCUCAUUGUGCUGGCUAACAAGGCUCGCAACAAGCAGUUGAAGAAGGAGGGUGCCCUGGAGAACGGCAACACUGAAGAGGAGGGCGCCGAACAGUUCGAUGACGAAUCUGGCUCUGUGGCUGCUCGCUGGGUUCAGGCCAAGGACCGUCCUACUCACCGUCUGAAGUUCCUUAUUGGCAAGAAGGUCGACACCAUCAACUGGGCUCGCUCUGAGAUUGAGCGCCUCAACCCUGAGAUUGAAGAGCUGCAGGCCAAGCACCGUGCUCACGAUGUCAAGCUUGUCUCCUCUGUCUUCGUCGAGUUCUACCAGCAGUCUGAUGCUCAGGCUGCCUUCCAGUCUGUUGCUCACAACCUGCCUCUCCACAUGUCUCCUCGCUACAUCGGUCUUGACCCCACCCAAGUUAUCUGGGCUAACCUGCGCAUCAAGUGGUGGGAGCGUAUAAUCCGCCACAGCGCCACUAUCGCUUUUGUUGUUGCCAUGAUUGUCUUCUGGGCUAUCCCUACCGCCGCCGUGGGUGCCAUUUCCAACAUCGACUCCCUGACCGACAAGGUCCCCUUCCUGAAGUUCAUCCUGCAUGUCCCCAGCUGGAUCCGUGGUGUCAUCACUGGCCUUCUGCCCGUCGUUCUGAUGUCCGUUCUACUCGCUCUUGUCCCCAUCAUUCUCCGCCUGAUGGCCAAGUGGGGAGGUGAUCCCAGUCUUGCCGCUGUUGAGAUGACUGUCCAAAACUGGUUUUUCGGCUUCCAGGUCGUGCAGGUCUUCCUCGUCGUUACUGUCGCCUCGGCCGCUACCAGUGUCGUUACCAAGAUCAUCAAUGACCCAACUUCUGCCGCUAGCCUGUUGGCCAACAAGAUCCCCCAAGCCUCGAACUUCUAUGUCUCCUACAUCGUUCUGCAGGGUCUCUCCUUCAGUGCCGGUGCCCUGCUCCAGAUUGUUGGCCUCAUCCUUGGCAAGAUCCUGGGCAAGUUCCUCGACAGCACCCCCCGCAAGAUGUACAACCGCUGGUCCGGCCUGGCCGGUCUUGGCUGGGGUACCGUCUACCCGGCCUUCACUCUCUUGGCCGUCAUCGGUAUUAUCUACUCUUGCAUUGCUCCCCUGGUCUUGGGCUUCGCCACCAUCGGCUUGUACCUCUUCUACUUCGCCUACCGGUACAACUUGCUGUACGUCUCUAACGCCACCAUCGACUGCCAGGGCCGUGGCUUCACCCGCGCUCUGCAGCACCUCACUGUCGGCUGUUACCUGCUCAUUGUCUGCCUGAUCGGUCUGUUCGCGAUCGGCACUGGUGCUAACCGCAUGGCUCUGGGUCCUCUGAUCCUCAUGAUCAUCUUCCUGAUCUUCAUUGUCCUCUACCAUAUUUCGAUGAACAGCGCCAUGGAGCCCCUGCUUAACUACCUGCCCAAGAACCUGGAGCACGAGGAGGAAGCUCUUCUCGCUGCGGACCGCAAGCAGAUCGGUCGCGAUGAGUCCAACGGCCUUCCCGGUGCCUCCGAUUUCAAGGCUGAGAACACCGGCGUGUCCAAUGUGGACUCUAGUGUCGGUGCCGUCGACUCCUCCGAUGCUGAGAAGGGUCUCGCCGAUGGACCUCUCCCCGCCGGGCAGGAGAAGGCGCCCAACGCCAUUGUCAAGUGGUUGCAUCCGGACAAGUACCACAACUACCAGACUCUCCGCCGCCUCGUCCCCAGCCCGUUGGAAACUCCGAGCUACGCCCCUGAGGUCGAGCAAAACGCGUACUGCCACCCUGCUGUCAACUCCCAGGUUCCCCUUCUCUGGAUUCCCCGUGACCCUGCUGGCGUUAGCCGACAGGAGGUUGCGCAUACCUCUCGUGUCAUCCCCAUCACCGACGAGGACGCCUGGCUCGACGAGAAGGCCAAGAUUUCUUGGAAUGUCGAGAAGGGCCAGCCUCCCAUCUACGAGGAGAAGCCCUCCUACUAAGCCGGUCGCGGGCGCUAGUCGUCCAUGUCACUCUCUCUGUUGGCAAAUAUACCUAAAUCACGUACAAGUACUGCGGUAAUAGAGUCCAGAUCUAACUCGACCUCCACCGAGGUCUUUUGAUACCCAGUCGGUCCCGUUUUCAUCAAGCGGGUCGACUCUGGUCUGGGCUUGUUUGUUUGAUUCUUUUUGGUCUUGUGGAAAGGGGACAUGGGAAGACAUGUCACUCCUAUUCCCUCGGAUGGCUUUAUGCCGUGGACUCGUCUUCCUGUUUCAUUUUCAAUUUUGGUCCUUCCUAUUCGUAAUAUGCGGCUGAUGUUCGCGUCAUGUCACCUAUAAUGUUUGAGAACGUUGCCAUGAAAGAUCUGUGCUCUUGAUAUUACGAUGCCUCACGAUGUCGAGUAUGCUAUGGCAAAUGUAUAAUAAAUUCUUCUCAUCAA